CCAAUUCGUUAACCGGGAGCGAGGCAGAGUGAAGCGAUUGUCUGUGACCAGAAGAAGAAGAAGAAGAAGAGAGAGGCAUGGAAGGUGCAGGGAGUGGGAGCACAGUGAAGUAUGGGAUAGUGGGAGUGGGGAUGAUGGGGAGAGAGCACCUCAUCAAUCUACAUCAUCUUCGCACCGAAGGUGCAGUGGUUGUCGCCAUAGCUGACCCUCAUGUUCCUUCCCAGCAGCUCGCAAUUGAUUUGGCCGGCUCCUUCGGGUGGCAUCUGAAGGUUUUCUCAGGUCACCGUGAACUGUUAGACAGCGGGGAGUGUGAUGUAGUGGUGGUUUCUUCUCCGAACAUGACGCACUAUGAGAUCCUCAUGGAUAUAAUCAGACAUCCGAAGCCGCACCAUGCUCUCGUGGAGAAGCCUUUGUGCACCACGGUCGAUCAUUGCAGGGAGGUGGUGAUGGCAGCAAGAAAGAGGCCAGAGAUGCUGGUGCAAGUUGGUUUGGAAUACAGAUACAUGCCGCCUGUUGCUAAGCUGAUCGAAAUCGUCAAAGGUGGCUCUCUUGGGAACAUUAGGAUGGUAGCAAUUCGAGAACAUCGGUUCCCAUUUCUUGUUAAGGUCAACAACUGGAACAGGUUCAACGUAAACACAGGGGGGACUCUAGUUGAGAAGUGCUGCCACUUUUUUGAUUUAAUGAGACUAUUUGCUGGUGCAAAUCCCGUUCGUGUUAUGGCUUCUGGAGCAAUUGAUGUUAAUCACAAAGAUGAAGUAUAUGAUGGGAAGGUACCCGAUAUCAUUGAUAAUGCAUAUGUUAUAGUUGAAUUCGAGAAUGGUUCCCGGGGGAUGCUUGACCUCUGCAUGUUUGCUGAAGGGAGUAAAAAUGAGCAAGAAAUUGCAGUUGUGGGUGACAUCGGGAAGGGCGAGGCCUUUGUUCCCGAGAGUGUUGUGCAGUUUGGCAGUCGAGCUGCAGGAAGAGAGGGCGUACAAACUAUAAAAGCCGAGGACAACCGAAUAAAAUACCACGGACUCCAUCAUGGAUCAAGCUACUUGGAACACUUGAACUUCUUGCACGCGAUGAGAGCAGAAGGUGAACAAGCCCCUGCUGUGGAUUUGCAAGAUGGGCUGAUCUCAGUUGCCAUGGGAGUAGCAGCACAGCUUUCCAUAGAGUUGGGACGAUUCGUGACAAUUGAAGAAGUCACUUGUGAACACAUAGUUUAGCUUAUAGCUCUCCGCACAUUAUUGGCUCCUAAUAUUUUUAUGGCAGCAAAGCCUCAGUCCGCCUCUUAGUUCCCUGUAAACGCUAUCUUCUUACUCCCCGAUAUAUUUGAGGCCCUAACAUUCCAAUUACAAACGUACUUAGAAAUCCUAAUGACAUUUUAUUACUUCUUCAUGCUGAA